AUGAAAGUUAUAAUAAGUGGUGCUGGCAUUGUCGGUUUACUAAUAGCUCAAAACUUGAAAAUCCGAGGUAUUGAUUAUGUCAUUUUAGAUAGAGAUACCAAUGAAAACGCGAGAGGGCAAGGGUGGGGUAUAACUCUUCAUUGGGCUUUGCAGACAUUUCUUGAUCUACUGCCCAGCGAUGUUUUGAGGGAGAAGGUAUUUAAAGCUCAAGUUUUCCCGGAUUUUGACAAAAAAGAUACUGGAACGUUUAAGUACAUUAAUGCUGCAAAUGGAGAAACAGUUGUGUCGAUACCUCCCGCAAGGAGACUAAGAGUUCGCAGAGAAGAGAUAAGGAGAAUUUUGCUGACAGGUCUUGAUGUAAAUUGGGAUUGUCAAACUGUUAAAGUUGAAUAUACAGAUAUCGAUGUGACUGUUCAUUGUGCUGAUGGAAGGAGUUUCACAGGCGACAUCUUGUUUGGCUGUGAGGGCUCGGAUUCGGUAACUAGGAAGAUUUUGGAUCCUCUGGAAGGCAGUCUAGCUCGUCUACCAAUCAGAUUUGUCGGCUCGACGUGCAAAAUGAAUAAGCAAGAGUACGAUUUUGUUGCCGCGAAAUACGACCCAUUAUUAUUUCAGGGCACAAUUCCCUCCACUGAGACGUUUUUCUGGUUUUCAUUAUUGGCGUCACCCAAUUAUACAAAGGCAGAGAAUGAAUAUUGGUGUCAAGUAAAUUUAUCCUGGAAGUGUGACUUUGAAAAAGAAUCUUUUAAAACGCAGGAGGAAAUUAAAGAAUGUGUCAUAGACCGAACGAGAGAUAUAAGUCCUGAUCUAAAAUUUUUGGUCAAUAAAAUGGUUAGCAAUGAUUUUGAAAACGGUGCAGGAUUGAUGAAAGAAUUAAAACUAGCUGAUUGGCCAAAGGUUAGCUGGAAAGGUAGUGAUAGGAUUCUAUUGGCAGGGGACGCAGCGCAUGCAAUGACUAUGUACCGCGGUGAAGCUGCGAAUCAUGGAAUAACAGAUGUUGCAGUUUUCUUCACUCUCUUUGAUGAUUUUUUGAAUGACAGAAUGGCAUGGUCCGCACUCUCAAGCACAUACCACGAUAUGAUUCAUGAGAGGUGUGCUCCCGCGGUAAAAUUAAGUCAUCAAGCAUGCUUGGAUGCACAUGAUAUGACCAAAAUAUUUACCAAUUCCAGUAGUCCUCUGCUAUCAUCAAGGAAACUAUAG